AUGAGACAAAGUAGGUAUGAUGCUACUGGUUCCAGGGCUGGGAGAGGUAUUUCAAAGCCUGGAUACCGGUAUAAUAACAGGAAGAGAGAAUGGAAGGACCGUCGGGAGGUAAAGAGGACGAAACCCAGUAAAGGCCCACUACUGCCGAAUUUCGAGUCUUCUGGGUUGCUAGAGCUUGACUCUAAUAACAAGAAUGGCAUAGCGUUGAAAUACGUAGAGCCCAAAGAUGCUAUAUCACCGUUAGACUAUUUUAAGGGCUCUACUGAUAAAACCAAGUAUAAAUGUCUAUUGUACAAGGAGAGUACAGGGAAGGUAAUCGAUGAGUUUGAAUUAGAGGCUAAAAAUUCAUACUUGAUAGGUAGGAAAGAUGAAGAAGAAGAAGAAAACAAUAUCGCCGAUAUCCUUAUACCUGAAGAGACAUGCUCUCAACAACACUGUGUUAUACAGUUUCGGAGAACGGAAAACGACAGUAUCAAGGCAUACAUCAUUGAUUUGGAAUCAUCUAACGGCACUGUACUUAACGGCAACACAAUUCCACAGGCAAGAUAUAUAGAACUAAAAAAUGGAGACACCAUCCAGUUUACAGCGGACAGCCGAGAUAGGAAAUAUUAUUUAGUAUAUGCGUACACAUGA